AUGAUUAGUGGCAUCAAAGACUUCAAGAAGAUUUUCUUGAAAAAAUGUGUUUCUUCUAAUGGGAUCUCAGUACAAGUGAAGGGAAGUGCAUUUUUUAAUUACGACGAACAAAAACAGUAUGCUUCAAUAAUAAAAAGAGGUCGAAGUGAUCAAAAAAUAGAUUUUAAGGUUAUGCCACUUGGAAAUCCUAUUUCUGCAAAAAAAAAGAAGAACGUGAUUUCUCUUUUGGAGAAGCAGUUCAAUGGCGAUGAUUUUCAUUGGCCAGAAGUUCCAGACCUUAAUUUCUACAAAGAAACUUUGCUUGAUAAUGUGCAGCCAAGUCAAGAAGAUGACGAAACAAACAGUUGA